GGGAUGUGGCGGUCAGGGGGAGGUCAUGUUGGAGGAGACAAAAAGGGAUUGGUGGCGGUGGCGAUAGACAAAGAUAAAGGGAGUCAGUUUGCUCUUAGAUGGGCUGUUGAUAACCUUCUCUCCCGUGGCCAAACUGUCGUCCUCAUCCACGUUUUGCACAAACAACCAAAUCCUAUCAAUGAUUCACCUGCUUCAUGGAUAAACAAUUCUAUCGUUGCUGAUAUUAAUGGUGAUGCAUCUGCAAACAAGCAGCAACUUGAGAAGCAAACUAAAGAUUUAUUCCUUACCUUCCAUUGCUUUUGUACACGCAAAGAUAUUCAAUGCAUUGAUGUGAUACUCGAAGAUACAGAUAUAGCAAAAUCAUUAACAGAAUAUGUUAAUUAUACUGCAAUAGAGAACUUAGUUCUUGGAGCCCCAUCUCGCCAUGGCUUUAUCAGGAGAUUUAAAGUUUCUGAUAUUCCUGCCAAUGUCUCUAAAGGUUCGCCUGAUUUUUGCACCGUCUAUGUGAUCCACAAAGGAAAGAUCUCAUCUGUGAGAAAUGCUUCUCGUUCAGCUCCAUUCAAUUCCCCUCUUUUAGCUCAAAUUCAAGGACAAACUAAUAAUAAUAGCUUCCAAUCGGCUGCACGGUCUGGUCAUAGCUUCCAAUCUGCUGCACGAUCUGGGCAGAGCUUCCAAUCUCAUGCACGGGGCAGAAGCUUGAGUAUGAAAGGAGCAGAAAUGAUACGACAGAUGCCUCGUAACUUGCAAGAUGACCAGGAACCAACCAAUAACAGGUCGUCUGCAUACAGUAGGGGAAGAGAUUUGAGUUCGAGGAUUGGAGAGGUUUGUGACAAUGAUACUGAUAUAUCAUUUGUAAGCUCCGGCAGACCUAGUACUGAUCGAAUGCCAGCCUAUGAUAGCAUGGAUUCAGGAAGAACUCCACGCAUGUCCACCAGCUCAGACCAAAGUGGUCGUUCGUCAUUUCGAUAUGGCGGCAGGGAUUCUGACAUUAGUUCCCUUAAUGAUUUAUCUUCCCAAUCCUCAUUUGAAAGUGAAAGAACAUCAAUAUCAUCAUCCUAUAGCACCAACACCACGGACGAUGCUGAAGCUGAAAUGAGGAGGCUAAAGCUUGAGCUACAGAAAACGAUGGAAAUGUAUAGCACGGCCUGCAAAGAAGCAUUGACAGCAAAGCAAAAGGCAGUGGAGCUGCAGCGUUGGCGGAUGGAGGAGGAGGCUCGAAUUGCUGAGGAAUCAGCGAUGGACUCUCCGGAUAGUGAGAAAACUAAGUCCAUGGAAGCCGUGGAGAGUUCGGAAGAAGCUCAAAAAAGCAAAAUGCAUUCUCAAAAAGAACUGGAGAAAAAGGAAGGGGAACCACAAUACGAAUUCCGUUACAGGAGAUACACCAUUGAUGAAAUUGAAGCGGCAACAGAGCAUUUUUCCAGAUCUCGGAAGAUAGGGGAAGGUGGUUAUGGCCCCGUAUUUAAGUGCCGUCUUGAUCACACACCAGUUGCAGUUAAGGUUCUGCGUCCUGAUGCAACUGAGGGUCGAUCACAAUUUCAACGAGAGGUAGAAGUUUUAAGCUGCAUGAGACAUCCUAAUAUGGUACUACUGAUGGGCGCCUGCCCCGAGUAUGGAUGCCUGGUUUAUGAGUACAUGGCUAAUGGUAGCUUAGAUGAUCGCCUUGCUCUGCAGGGAAACACACCACCAUUAUCCUGGCGACAUCGUUUUAGAAUUGCAGCAGAGAUAGCCACUGGGCUUCUUUUCCUCCACCAGACCAAGCCCGAGCCUCUGGUGCAUCGUGAUCUCAAACCUGCCAACAUUCUUCUUGACCAGAACUAUGUAAGCAAGAUUAGUGACGUUGGACUGGCGAGGCUGGUUCCUGCAUCUGUUGCAAAUGAAGUUACACAGUACCGAAUGACAUCAACAGCCGGGACUUUCUGCUACAUUGAUCCAGAAUAUCAACAGACUGGGAUGCUUGGGGUUAAGUCUGAUGUCUAUUCCUUUGGGAUUGUGCUUUUACAAAUAUUAACAGCCAAACCGGCAAUGGGAUUGACAAGUCAUGCUGGACGGGCUAUUGACAAUGGGACUUUUGAGGAUAUGCUGGAUCGUUCUAUUCCUGACUGGCCCGUGGAAGAAGCAUUAUGCAUAGCCAAAUUAGCACUCCGAUGUACAGAGCUCAGACGGAAAGACCGCCCAGAUCUCGGAAAGGAAGUUCUGCCAGAACUUGACAGAUUGAGAGACCUUGCGGAUGAAAACAUGUAGUAUACAUAACUAGAAAAACGUUUUGCACCUCAUAUAUGCUCCCUGCUUCCCUCUACUUUAGUUAGCUCAUGUGCUCUUUGAGAGCAACUAACAAAGAUGAAUACAUGUAAGUAUGCUUUUUGUAGUGCUUUUCUUUCCUUACAAUUACUGCAACUUUAUUUGCUGCGAUUUUUAAGGUAAAUAUAGGAAAUUCAAUUCAUUAGUCUGUUA